AGCGCGAGGCAGGGCUCCGUCAGUCAGUCGGUCGGUAUGUAGCAGCAGCGGAGCCUCUGCUCGGGAUUACAAAGAGGGGAAAACGCGCCUUGGACAGCAAAUAACACCAGCGGGAUUUAAAAAAGAAAAAAAAACAAAACACCCGAGGAUGAGACACACACCGUCCGCCUGAAGGAGACUCGAAAACACACCGUUACUCUGCUCAUUUAUCACCGUUUUUUUACGAAAAUGGCGAACGACUCUCCGGCCAAAAGUCUGGUGGAUAUAGACCUGGCAUCCCUGAGGGAUCCUGCUGGGAUUUUCGAGCUGGUGGAAGUGGUCGGAAAUGGCACCUAUGGACAAGUCUACAAGGGUCGACAUGUCAAGACGGGCCAACUGGCGGCCAUCAAAGUCAUGGACGUCACCGAGGAUGAAGAGGAGGAAAUUAAGCUGGAAAUCAACAUGCUGAAGAAGUACUCCCACCACAGAAACAUAGCCACCUACUACGGAGCCUUCAUCAAGAAAAGUCCCCCGGGCCAUGAUGACCAGCUAUGGCUGGUGAUGGAGUUCUGUGGCGCCGGGUCCAUCACAGAUCUGGUGAAGAACACCAAGGGCAACACACUGAAGGAGGACUGGAUCGCCUACAUCUCCCGAGAGAUCCUCAGGGGAUUAGCUCACCUGCACGCUCAUCACGUCAUCCAUCGUGACAUCAAGGGACAGAACGUGCUGCUGACUGAAAACGCUGAAGUCAAACUGGUGGACUUUGGUGUGAGUGCUCAGCUGGACCGCACAGUAGGUCGAAGGAACACCUUCAUCGGGACGCCUUAUUGGAUGGCUCCGGAGGUCAUUGCUUGUGAUGAAAACCCAGAUGCUACCUACGACUACAGGAGUGACCUGUGGUCCUGUGGAAUCACAGCCAUAGAGAUGGCUGAGGGAGCCCCCCCUCUGUGUGACAUGCAUCCAAUGAGAGCCCUCUUCCUCAUUCCCAGAAACCCUCCUCCUCGACUCAAGUCCAAAAAAUGGUCGAAGAAGUUCUUCAGCUUUAUCGAGGGCUGCCUGGUGAAGAAUUACACCCAGCGUCCUCCCACUGAGCAGCUGCUGAAGCACCCCUUCAUCAGGGACCAGCCCAACGAGAGGCAGGUCCGCAUCCAGCUCAAAGACCACAUCGACCGAACCAAGAAGAAGAGGGGCGAGAAGGAUGAGACAGAGUACGAGUACAGUGGCAGCGAAGAGGAGGAGGAAGAGGCAUCUGAGCAAGAAGGAGAGCCAAGCUCCAUAGUCAAUGUGCCAGGCGAGUCGACUUUGCGUCGCGACUUCAUCCGGCUGCAGCAGGAGAACAAGGAGCGCUCGGAGGCGCUGCGCCGCCAGCAGCUCCUCCAGGAGCAGCAGCUCCGUGAGCAGGAGGAGUACAAGCGCCAACUGCUGGCUGAGAGGCAGAAACGUAUCGAGCAGCAGAAGGAGCAGAGGAGACGGCUGGAGGAGCAACAACGGCGUGAGCGCGAGAUGAGGAGGCAGCAGGAGCGCGAGCAGCGCCGACGUGAGCAGGAGGAGAAGAGACGCGUCGAGGAGAUGGAGCGACGCCGCAAAGAGGAGGAAGAACGUAGGAGGGUGGAGGAGGAGAAGAGGAGGGCCGACCGAGAGCAGGAGUACAUCCGUCGUCAGCUGGAGGAGGAGCAGAGGCACCUGGAGAUCCUGCAGCAGCAGCUGCUCCAUGAACAGGCCAUGCUGCUGGAGUAUAAAUGGCGGGAGCUUGAAGAGCAGCGCCAAGCCCAGAAGCUCCAGAGACAGCUGCAGCAGGAGCAGGCCUACCUGCUGUCCCUCCAGCAAAACCAGAACCUGGAUAGUAGCAAAACAGCCCCGUCACAGAGCUCCAAACCCCCAGAGAGCCUGGAACAGGACAGGAUGAAGCCCCCUGAGCCGGACGCACCAAAACAACUGCAGAGUGUUGACUCUGAAAAGAGUCAAAGUCACAGUCUGGAGAAAACUUCAGAACCCAACACACCUGUCGCUGAGCACCAAGGCCCCGCCCCCGACUCUGAGCCAGUCAGAGAGGCUGAUGAGCGGUACCGGAAGAACAUCCAGGGUUCCCCUCAGGCAGCUCAGACCAAACCACAGCAGCCUCCGGUUGUGCCGCCACGCUCCGAGUCUUCCUAUCCCAAUGGGAAUUCGGCAUCCGAGGCGCCUGCCAUGCACCGGCCUGUGGAGCCACAGGUUCGUUCGCAUCUGGCUGCUUUAAAGAGCAGUGGCAGCGCGGCAGCGUCAAACUCCUCCGCUACCACCCCGCCCGCUGUGCCGCGGUCGCACUCCUUCAGUGAGCCGCUCGCCCCUAGCUUUGAAAACCUUCACCUUCGCAACAGCCAGGAACCCCAUCAACACCAUCACCCUCCAUCUUCAUCUCCAUCCUCCUCAUCAUCUACGCCUGCACGCACUGACCCACAGCCCCACCCCCAGCAUAGGCCUACACCUCAUGACCUGGCCUCUUCAGAGGAGGUGCCUCCCAGGGUUCCUGUCAGGACUACAUCAAGGUCCCCGGUGCUGUCAAGGCGAGACUCGCCUCAUCACCAUGGCGGCGCCUCACACAGCAGCCAUGCCGUGCAACGUAAUGCUGCCAGUGCAGCGGAGCCUCGGCUGCUGUGGGAGCGAGUGGAGAAACUGGUUCCCCGACCGACCAGUAACACCGGAAGCGGAGGCUCCAGUUCCUCCAGCAGUUCCAGUAACUCCAGCUCUCAGCCCGGUUCUCACUGCGGCUCUGGAGAGAGGUUCAGGGCCCGCUCCUCUUCAAAAUCAGAGGGCUCGCCCCUCCAACGGCCAGAGAAUGCUGGGAAAAAACCAGAGGAGAGGAGGGACUUGGUCAGGCCGAACAGACCAGCGGACCUGACGGCUCUGGCCAAGGAGCUGCGCGCAGUAGAUGACGUUCGCCCUCCAAAUAAGGUGACCGAUUAUUCCUCAUCCAGUGAGGAUUCAGACACUACAGAUGAAGAUGACGAUGAAGAGGUAGACCAGGAGGCAGGCGAGGAGUCGACCUCUGGCCCAGAGGACUCCAGAGCUGUUUCAUCCAGGUUGAGUAACGGAGAGACCGAGUCAGUGAAAACCAUGAUUGUCCAUGAUGAAGGCGAGAGCGACGCAGGCUCGACGCCCUGCAAAGACAGCACGCUGAUCGUCCGACAGAGUGCAGGUGACAACAGAAAGCGUCCGAGUGCCGGCCCGGGCCAACCCCCGACCCCCGGCCUGCUUACAGGCUUUGCCCCAAGUCCUGGCUCGGGCCCGGUCCUCACCCACCACACCCCCAGUCCCCACCAUCAUCAUCACCACCACCACCAUCACACCACACAGCACGUGGACAGGAACGGCUUUGCUGGCCGUAUUCACCACCUCCCAGACCUGAUCCAGCAGAGCCACCAUUCCUCCCCCACUUCCACAGCAUCCAACUCCCCCUCCUCCUCCAGCCUUGCCAGCCCCUGCUCCAUGUCCCCUCAGAGUCCCCUGGACAAGCUCGGCAUCCUCGUUGAGAGCCAGUCUAGUAACAACAUGCAGAAACAUAAGUCUUCUUCCUCCUUCACUCCGUUCAUCGACCCGCGCCUCCUCCAAGUCUCACCAUCCACCGGGAGCGCCCUCAACAAUGUUGGAUAUGCGAACGACGCCCGGCUGGCAGAGGCGCUGAGGGCCGACCCAUCUCGGAAGGGCUCCGUGGUCAACGUCAACCCGGUCAACACUCGCCCGCAGAGCGACACGCCAGAGAUCCGUAAAUACAAGAAGAGGUUCAACUCUGAGAUCCUGUGUGCUGCUCUCUGGGGAGUGAACCUGUUGGUGGGAACAGAGAGUGGCCUGAUGCUGUUGGAUCGCAGUGGUCAGGGCAAAGUUUACCCUCUGAUCAACCGACGGCGCUUCCAGCAGAUGGACGUCCUGGAGGGUCUCAAUGUCCUGGUCACUAUAUCAGGUAAGAAGAACAAGCUCCGUGUGUACUACCUGUCCUGGCUGCGGAACAAGAUCCUGCACAACGACCCUGAGGUGGAGAAGAAGCAGGGUUGGACCACAGUAGGAGACCUGGAGGGCGCCGUCCACUACAAAGUUGUGAAAUAUGAGAGGAUCAAAUUCUUGGUUCUGGCUCUGAAGAACUCAGUGGAGGUCUACGCCUGGGCACCCAAGCCCUACCACAAGUUCAUGGCCUUUAAGUCUUUCGGUGACCUGGUGCACAAGCCGCUGCUGGUCGACCUGACUGUGGAGGAAGGUCAGAGGUUAAAGGUCAUCUAUGGCUCAUGUUCAGGCUUCCACGCCGUGGACGUCGACUCUGGCGCUGUUUACGACAUCUACCUACCCACGCACAUUCAGACCAGUAUCCAGUCUCACGCCAUCAUCAUCCUGCCCAACACUGACGGCAUCGAGCUGCUGGUGUGCUACGAGGACGAGGGCGUUUACGUCAACACCUACGGACGCAUCACCAAGGACGUGGUGCUGCAGUGGGGGGAGAUGCCAACCUCAGUGGCUUACAUUCGUUCCAACCAGAUCAUGGGUUGGGGGGAGAAGGCCAUAGAGAUCCGUUCGGUUGAAACUGGACAUCUGGAUGGCGUCUUCAUGCACAAGAGAGCCCAGAGACUCAAGUUCCUCUGUGAAAGAAAUGACAAGGUGUUCUUCGCCUCCGUUCGGUCCGGAGGCUCCAGCCAGGUCUACUUCAUGACUCUGGGCCGAAGCAACCUGCUCAGCUGGUAGAGGUCCACCUACCCGCCCUCUUCCUCCUCCUUCUCCUCAUCCUCCUCAUUGUCCCCCACCCUCACUAACACUGGAUCUCGGAACCCACCGUCGAUGUCUUGUCAGCACUCGGGACAACCAAAAUAGAACAAAAACCAACAACCAACCAGCCCUUUUGAAGCAGUUGACAACAUUGACUUCACCUUUCCUCCGGAGCCGCAGCCCCGCGGCAUCGCGGCCCGGGGGCUGCCUGCAACGCUACCGGUCAAGUCACAGAGUCGUUGGCCACUGAAAUACCAGAAGUGAUGACUCGCACGCAAAAUGAAAUCAAAGGUUAAUUAAUAUAUGAAAGAAAGUAGAAGUAAAUUAAAUGUGAAUUUAAGAAAAGGGGGGCGAACGACUUUAUGUUUCCCUCUCCAUUUUUUUCUUGGUGCUCAUCAGAUUGCGAUGGGAUAGAUUUUGUACCUCUGCAUCAUUUCCAUGCUCCUGGGCUGGUCAGUAAGCUUGAGGUCCUCUAACUACUAGUACUGCUACCACUCUUAUCUACUACUGCUACUACCUUCUGCAGGUCUGCCUCUCGUACGAGAGUUCCCCCUCUGCCCCCACGUUCUUGCCCUCCGCCCUUUCUUAUGAGCAUUUCAUGGGGCCGGUGGAGUGGGAGUCUGUUGUAUUAAUGCUACAGUAGUGUGUGUAAAUGUACUUCUGUUUGGUCCAAUUACUGCUGACAUGCUGGUUAGAGGUUGAGUUUGUCAGUCAGGGGUAAACUGUAAAACCCAAGUGGGGCUCGUCACGGUGACGAGCAGGCGAGAGGGGCCUAAUGUUUGAGGUUCUACUGUAAGUCUAACUGAUGGGACUCGACAGGAGGGUGUGUGUGUGUGCGUGAGUGUGUAUGUGUGUGUGUGUGUGUGUGUGUGUGUUGUUGAAGUAUUGUGUUGUUCGGACAGGUGCUUUAAAAUAGGGGAUGACAAAGAGAGAGAGAGAGAGAGAGAGACGUCGAAGCAGUUGGAUUUCAGAAUAGUAUUUUUUGAAUUAUUGCUAUUAUUAUUAUUCUCAUGAUUAUUCCUUGAAGAUAAGUGUAACUAUGUGGAGUAAAACAUGUCUUUUACCUUGUUUUUUAAGAUUUACGCACAUCCACCCACAGUCCGCUGUUUGCUUGAUUUUACUCUGAACCCACAGAAGUGCAAGAUGUGUUUGUCUAAGAAGAAAGUGAUGUGGGUGUGGUCCAAAAAAAUACAAUGAUAUAAAGGUGUGUAUGUACAAUAAAAGUUCAUUUAAUCUUCCAGAUCAGUGGUCAGUGUUUUUCAAGCACCGGUCAAACAUGACGGCCUAAACUCUUCUCUGGUUGGGCGAUCAGUCGAUGUCUCUCAACCUGAGAACUUGUGAAUAGUGAGAUAUAAAAUGAAAAAAAAAGAAAAGAAAAAUAGAGAGAGAUCCUAACGGUGCGAUAAAGUAGAGGAGAGACUUCAGUAUGUGUGUGUGCUUGUGCAGACGGAGAGUUGAGUGGCGUCGAUGAAUUGGAUUUUCUCGUCGCGGAGGGGUAAUCGCGCGGUCAGCAGGUUUGUUUCAGCAGAGCAAGUUUUCUCUGGAAGGCAGUUUUCUGUCUUCCGUUUUCCUUCUUUCAGAUCACUUCAUUUUUCAUUUGUUGUUUGUAUGAAUGCAGCGCACUAAGUGUCAAGAAUGUAGAAAGACAUAUUACUGUGUGGUGGUCCAAGGCAUGAGAUGAUGUUUUUGCUUUGUAUCUUGUCACAAGUGAUCAAUCUUAGAUGUUCAAUUUCCAUUUAAGACAAUUGAAAGCUGCAGCAGCGGAGCCUCUACGUCAGGUGUAGAUAUUUUCCGGGGGGGGUCUGCAUUUGUUUUACAACCUUUUCCACAGCUGUGAAAAUCUGUGUGGGAGCAAACCCGAGAGUGUCAGAGCUGAGGAGGGUUUUCUGACAUGCUGCGAGUUCUGUUUGCAUACAUCAGGCCCUCUUUGACAUCAGAGGAGGACGCAAACCGUCAAUUCAACCCUCAGACUCAGAAUUUCAGUGUUACUGUGAUGAAGUGUCAAAGAACGGGCAACACGGAGCAGAGCUUUUCUUCACUCGGGAACCCACUUUUUUCUGGAAAGUAUGAUUUUCUCCAUUUUGUGCCCCCCACCCCCACCACUUCCUGCUCCAGCCAUUAUUUAAGUUGUCUGUAUAUGUGAAAGACUGAGCAGCAGACUGCAGCAUCGAUCUCGUUCAGCUGGACUUUCCUCUAUUUCCACAGCGACUCUGAGAGACUGCACGUUGGUCACUGGCAGAGGGGGCAAAGGAGAGUCCAACGUUGUGUUUUCAGUUCAUGUUCUGAUCAGGUCACAAACCAGUCGACCCGGGGGGGGGUUUCCCCUGACGAUGAUAAUAACACACGGGCAGUGUUCUGACAUGUGACAAGUUACUGUGGGUCACUCAGUAACUGUUUCUGUCAGAAAGGUUUUUCCUUCCCCUCUUACAGAAAAGACGUUUGGACCCCAAAGCUGUCGUCUGAGGUCUGUGUGUGCAGUAGUACCCAGUGUGUGUGUCUCAUUGCAUUAAGGCCUUGAUUAGUGGCUGUAUUGACUUAAUUAAACAAUUGUGGUGAUUAUCAAUAUUCUUAAUGGGCUAAAAAAGGAUGAGAUGUAAGCCUGUAUCUGACGAGAAAAAGCUGUCGCUCGCCGACUCACAUUGGAAAAAGUGCCAAGAGGGCAGCAUUUAAAACUUGUAAACGUCGUUAUGAGAACCACUACUUUGAAAUUGUUUUGAAAAAAGAUCACUUGAAGCAUUGUGUAUUCUUAAGUUCUAGAGCUAGUCGAGAAGCUUAACAAUAGUUUCUGUUUCUGUAAGUCUAUGUACACGUAAAUAUGCGACUGCGGUGGUUUAAUAUUAUUACGCUCACCUUAGGUGGAGACAAUGUUUACAGAGGCAGUGUUUUGUUACACUAAUGUGCAUCAUGGUAUUUAUGUUUAAUGCAUAUGCGUCUUGGUUUCUUUAAUUGUUUUCUUUGUUUUGUUUGUUAUUUUUUUCCAUUUUGAGCCCAGUUUUUAUUGGAUAUCUCCUUUUUUGUCACGCCCUACCCCCCGCUGGAUAACCUACUUACAAAACAAUAAAGAACACGCGUGUUGUUCAUUUCA